AUGGCGGCAGACUAUACGGAGCAGGCUCAUCAACGAUACAAGGAGUUGGCGCAGGAACUACCUGGGCUAGCCUACAGGCCCGGGGCAGCUGUCAAGGCGCACAGUCAGCAGGAUGAAGCGGCAGGCUCACAUCUCUUUGCAACAGUGCGUCACUUCCCCCGCGUCAAGGGCCGUGCAGCCGCCAGCUCACAGCUCACCCAGAGCACCUUUAUGAGAGAAGUACUCAAUAAGAGCCCAGCCGGGGACGCAGCCGAGACCGUCGACGUUGCAGCUGAAACGCCACCAGUCCCGAUAGCCGCAACCACGCCAGGCGACAGCAGUACAGCACACCACAACACAGAGCUCCCAGCGCCCUCAGACUUUGCACUUGCCAUGGUCACAUACAAGCGACUAGACCUGCUAGCACGACAUUGGAUCCGCAUCCGAGCCCGAGACGCAGCCGUGCUCGGGCUAUCGCGACGUCAACGACUAUGGCAACGCCGACACGACCAGCCGAAUCAAACGAGUCGGGCUGUUCGGGUGACGGCCGUGGACGUGAACAGCGCUGUGCAACUGGCAAAGCGGGUACCUGCCCCUCUCCAAGAGACUAGCAACCGGCACACGGGGCGGUGCGCCGCCGUGUCCAGUCUUCUGGGGCUUGACCCCGUUGACCUGGAGUCGCAGAACCCAGAGGAGAUCGAUUCACACUGGGAGGGGUUUGAAUCGUCGGGCUCUGAUGCCCCGGACCGCGGCACAAGCCCAGGCAUCGCCGCAGACGUGCAACCCAGUGCGCGGCCGCAUGAGUCACGCAUGAGUAUAUUUCGUCUAUUCGCAGCGGUGGACGGUGCAACGGCACGGCUACAAGCCUCGAUGGAGCGGAGGCUUGGAGAUGCUGCCCGGUCGAGCAGUGAGGAAAGUGCUGACACGGAUGAAUUAUGGGCUCGCGUCGGCGGUCGCCCCGACUCACCACCUCCACUCAAGCAGCAUCGCCGCCGUCGACACACGUCGCGAAGGAAAGGGACGACACGCACGGAGAGCGACAGCGACAGCGAUAGCCAAAGCGACAGCGACAGCAGCAGCAACGACGACGACGACGACGACGACAGCGUCAGCCAAUGCGAAGAGGACCAGGGGGACGAGGCGGUCGAGGGGAGCGCGUGGCCGGGCGCCAUCCACACUUCGACAGCCACCACCCCGAAGCGGUCGCGCCUUGCAGUGGGGCGUCGAACCGGGGCACCCGUGGGCGGAGCCGCACGCAAGUCGCCUCGUACCGCCCAUGGCGCGGGGCUUCCAUCCCCAAAACGCAAAAAGCAAAGCACUGCGCGCCGGCCUACGGCAACGGCGAGUAGCAAACCCAAGCGCACCACGCGACGUGCGAGCGCCGCUCAGCGCCCCAACUACAAUGAAAUGUCGGACAGUCAGUCAUCAGAUGUGUCUCUAAACCUUCACAUGUUCGACUGA